CUUAAACAAUUAGCUGGAUUGGAACUAAAAAUGUUCUUCAGUAAAACUAAAAGACUGGCCUAUGUGAACUGAUCUCUGGACUAUACACUGUUCUGCUUUGUUGCAAUUUUUCUUUUUCUUUCCUUUCGUUUAUUUGCUGUGCUUUUAGAUCCUGUGAAGAUGGACAUGGAGCUGAAGAUGUUCACAGUAUUUUGGGGGGUGAUUUUAAUAGUUCAAAGCAGCUUUGAGACAAGAGUUGUUAGCGGUCAGACUGUGUGUUAUGGUGGACCAAAGCACCCAUGUUACAAGAUUGCUUAUUUCCCAGAUAUGUCAAGCAGGGUAGCCUUCAAAGAGGCCAGGAAUGCCUGUGAGAUUGAUGGUGGGGCCCUUCUAAGCAUAGAUAGUGAGGCUGAGCAGAGGCUUAUAGAAAAACUCUUACAGGACCUGACGCUGUCAGGCUCAAGGGUUUUUGAUGGAGACUUCUGGAUUGGACUGACAAGAAAUGGGGAAGGACAUGGACAUAACACUUUCACUGGCUGUCCAGACCUCUACAAGUGGACAGACGGAAGUGUCUCAGAGUUCAGAAACUGGUAUUACGAUGAGCCUUCCUGUGGCGGGGAAGCGUGUGUAGUGAUGUACCACCAGCCAACUGCACAGCAUGGACUCGGAGGUCCAUAUCUUUACCAGUGGAAUGAUGACAGAUGCAACAUGAAGCACAACUUUAUCUGCAAGUAUGAACCAGAAAGCAUCCUGGAGAAAGAAUUAGGAGACAGAGCAGAGCCAGACUAUGAAACUUCACCAACCAACACACCUGCAAAGAAUGAUCCACCCAGCAAGCCUGAGGAAGAUGCCCAACAUGUUAAUGUUUCAGGAUCCUCAGGUUUACUUCUUAUUUACGUUAUUAUUCCAACCAUACCGUUGCUCCUGUUGAUACUAGUGGCAUCAGGGACCUGCUGUUUCCAAAUGUUAAGCAAAAGCAAACCACGAACCAAAACCAACCCAGACCACUCAACACUUUGGAUUUCAAAGAGCCAGAAGAAAGACAAUGGCAUGGAAGUUUAACUAGCAUAUGAUCUUGAAAACACUGUACGUUGACUUUCCUCAUCACUGCCUGGCAGCUUGGAAUUGCUUCACAUAAAAAUAAGGUUCUGGAAUAUACAGUACAGUUGAAUAAAUGCAAGCUAAGGAAAGAACUGUGAAUGCGGAGAGGAGAAACACUUGACAGUUAUGGUUCACUUGAAUAAUAGUGUAUUAUCUUGAUCAACUUCUUGUCUGAAGGGAAAAUAUCCAAAACCCUUAACAAUAGUAAACAGUUAGUUACUUGCUGGGGGGUGUGUGGGUCUGGUCAGGAUGAUAUUCUAUUCUAUACUGUGUGGAUUGUAUUUGUCUCCUAAAAUGUCAAAGCUACACCUCAGUGUGUUAGGAAUGAAGAAAGCACAUAUCCGAAUAUUCUUUUAACUAAAUAUUGUUUUAUCUUUGGUACCGCAUAACAAUAAUUUCCAGAUGUCAUUUUUAUUUGCUAAAGGAAAUUAGCACUUUUUAAACUUGUUGACAUUACACAUCUUGCCAUCUACUCAAGUUAUGUUUUCUUGUAGAAUUGCUACAUCACAACUAAUGCUUGAAGGACAUGUAGUGAAAAAACAGGCAAACACCAGACUGAAAAUGUACUGCUCGCUUAUGUCUCUUUCACCUCUCUGAGAAAUGCUUGAGAGUCAUGUUUCCUUCUGAGCAUUUACAGAGAGAUAUAUUUAAACUGAAAUACAAGAAAAUUAAUUGUUUGAAGAUUUUCUUUUUUUUUUAACCACUGAAUAAUAAAUUUUGUCAUGUGUCAUUUUCCUCACAACGUGCUUGACUUCAAUGGAGAAAAUCAACACAUGGGAUGAAUUUUAUUGCAGUGUAUUUACACAUAGUUUAAAGAUUUUCAGAUAAAUACAUAUGUGCAGUUUCCUGUUGAGCUUUCAUUUAAAUUGUCAUGUAUUUCUCUUUUGAGUCUCGACUAUGCCUUCAAUAGUGGUUUUAGAAGAAAUGUUUCAGACCAAUCUGAUUCAAAUGAGCAUAAAACAAGAUUCUCGCGCAUUUGUCAGAGAAGUGAAAGAUCUGACACUGGGAACUGCUUGUUGGUGACAGACUGAAAAUGUCAUAUGCAAUAGGGCAGCUGCAUGAUGCUGUCAAGGGUGUGUUCUUCUUGGUGUUAUAUUUGAUAUGUGAUUAAGUAUUACUCAGUAAUUGACAUUUAAUGUAUAAUGUAGUGUAUACUUUAUACAGUGUGUUGCACCCUUCAUGCCAGUAACCCUCAGAAUCCAUUUUCUUUUAUUUUAUACAACUGAAAGAGAGAGGCGCCACCUGCCUGGAACAGCCACACAUGUUCAGUGUUGGUGACGGUUCAUUCAGGUUUUAUGUACAGUACUUGGUAUAACAGUUUCCAGCUUCAUUUAAUCUGCAACUAUAUUGUAAAUAGAAAUAAACAUAUGUAUAGGUGUAUAUGUGCUUGCACCAUAUUAAAGAAAACACAUUUGAAAUCUAAUUGCCCUUGGUCAAUGCCACAGCUUUUAUUAUAGCAUACAAUUAUAGCUACAAGUUACAUUUUCAACACUCUAACAUUUUACUGGUUCACAUGAUUGAUCAUGUUUUUAUGAUUUUGGGAAUAGAAAAAAAAGAAAAAAAGUGGUUAAGAUCCAGGAUAUUAAUUUGCACGUGGUAUCAUAAAUCUGUCAACAGUAUACAAGAACACAAUGCCUCCUUGCCAAGACAGCAUACUUGCCAACGUUAGGAAACCGUACGCUCGUCCCCUUUGACGUAUCCCCUCAACUAAACACUGCACGACCAGCAUGACAGUAAACACAGACACAGUGAAGCGGUCUUACCUUUGUAUACCGGUAAGUUAGUGAUCAGCAGAU